UAUACCCAAGAGGCAAAAUCCAAAGAAUACGGAGAGCACUAUUUAUAGGACACAUAAAAGCCAAAGGCUGGGGAAGUGGUGGCUUGACGGUUAAGGCUCUGGGUUACUGAUCGGAAGGUCGGGGGUUCAAACCCGGGCACUGCCAGACUGCCACUGUUGGGCUCUUGAGCAAGGCCUUUAACCCUGUCUGCUACUGACCAUGCGUUCUGAUCCUACGAUUUAUGCGAUAUCGUCCAAUCUGGCAACCCCACGCACUGGUCCUCUCUUCAACUUGCUCAAACUCACACACGCUCCGUAAUUCUCCCUCAUCAGACCCAAAAUGGCCUCCUUGUCCUACUGCGUGACUUUCGCUCUGGUUUUCGGUUCCUUCUUUACGGUUCUGGCUCAGUAUGAGAAGUACAACUUCCGAAGCUUUCCGCGUCACGAGCUCAUGCCACUGGACUCGGCGUACAGGUACGCGCUGGACCAGUACACUGCGGAGAAGUGGAAGGAGACUGUGGAGUAUCUGGAGGUGAGCCUCCGCCUGCACCGGCUUCUCCGUGACAGCGAGGCCUUCUGCAACCUGAACUGCAGCUCAGCGCGCCUGGACUCAGAGGAGCGCUUCUCUGACUUCCCCGAGCUGCGCGCUUUCGGGAACGUGAUGAAGCGCGCGCAGUGCCUCAAGCGCUGCAAGCAGGGCCUCCCAGCCUUCCGCCAAACUCUUCCCAGCAGAGAAACCCUGGACGAGUUUGAAAAACGAGAACCUUACCGAUACCUGCAGUUUGCUUACUUUAAGAGCGAUAAACUGGCAAAAGCUGUGUCUGCUGCACACACCUACCUAGUAAAGCAUCCUGAUGAUGAGAUGAUGCAGAGGAACAUGAACUACUACAAGAGUUUACCUGGAGCUGAAGAGCACCUUAAAGACCUGGAGACCAAGUCAUAUGAGAUGCUGUUUAUUCGAGCAGUGCGGGCUUAUAACGGUGAUAAUUAUCGAACGUCUGUGUCUGAUAUGGAGCUGGCACUCCAAGACUUCUUCAAGGCUUAUGAUGAAUGUAUUGCUGCCUCAGAGAGUUCCAGGGAAAUCACUGACUUUCAAGAUUUUUACCCCUCCAUUGCAGAUCACUACACUGAGAUUCUUGAAAGGAAGGUCCGUUGUGAGAGCGAUCUGACUCCAGUCGUUGGUGGAUAUGUUGUGGAGAAGUUUGUGGCAACCAUGUAUCACUACCUUCAGUUUGCCUAUUAUAAAUUGAGUGACUUGAAGAAUGCUGUGCCAUGUGUUGCAAGCUACAUGCUCUUUGACCCUGCUGAUGAGGUGAUGAAGAAUAAUGUGGAUUAUUAUCGGUAUCACAAAGAGAAGUUGGGUCUUGCUGAUGAGGACUUCCUACCCAGAACAGAGGCGAUACGAUAUUACAAUCAGACAACACUACAGCUCCAGAUGUUAAACUUUACCAAAGAAAACCUGCGGCAUGAUGAUGAGGGAGAAGUUCUGGAGUUUCUAGACGAAUAUCUUGAUGAAGAGGAGUAGUAUGGAAUGAAUAUUUUAUGCACUGAAAAGUAAGGAUAGGAGCAAAACAGUUUUGUAAACAACGAUCUUUUUCCUGCAUAUGUAUGUAUUUAUUUCGGGCAAUGAGGAUCUUUUGUAUUCUAUAGGUACCAAACACAUGGUCCAUAUAAGCAAAUUGAUAAUCAUUUGUUCCAUGAUGUCUGACAGUACAAUCACUGUAUUUCAGAAGGAUGAAUAAAAAUUCUAUUUGUUGUCAUUUUAGAAUAAAUGGAAAAUUUCCCUAGUUGUUGCUUUCAAUUGUUUUACUCUUUGGUUUAAAGGGUGCAAGCAUAUACACAUAUCAGUAUAAUUCAUAUCACAAAAUAUACACUCAGCUACAGAUUAUGGUAUUGACACCAGGCCUGUACUCUCAUAAUUGUGCAAUAUUAAAUUAUGAUUACCUUUUGACUGAGGUACUUAUAUUGCCUUAUGUUGAAUGUAUCAAGGCUGUGUGGGACCGGCCAUUGGUGAUUUUCCACUGUACGGUACGGCUAGACUCGGCUCACUUUACUUUUCUUCGCUUGCUUUUCCACUGCAUUUUAGUGCCCCCUCAACAUGGGUGCCAUCUUCCACUCACCUUCAUGCAGGAAUAAUGUUGUAUUAUUGAAGCCCUGUACAAAUACACGGUCAGGCCGUAUUCCAAUGCCUUUCCUGUUCACUGAACACGGACCCUAUUAAAUAUGUAAAAUAACAGCGUUCUAGAACCUAUGUAGUGCUCUAUUGGGGGUUUUCCACUAUGAAUAUUACCUGGUACUUUUUUUAGUACCACCUCGGUCGAGGUUCCAAGCAAACUCAUACUCAACUCGACCUUGUACUCAGAGCCAGUCACAAGCUUCCACAGUGCAAUGGCCACUCUCUUCUUUAGAUGUACACACACGUGGAAGUUUGUGUCCUGUCUCUCCAUCGCUGGACGCAGCUUGUUGCACAGUUAGGUAAAUGGACCUUCGGACAUUCUAAAGUUCUCCAUCCACUGAACAAUAACAGGAACAAUCACAUCCCACCACUCAGACGGUCAGUUGAAGGUCCAAACAGACGGUCUAUGGUGGCGACUUUGCAAAAAUUGAGAGAUCUGAAAAAUACAGAAUAUGCAUUUUAAUGCGUAAUAUUGGCAGUUAAGUUCAUUAUAUGUUUUGUGACAGUGGUACGUAUACCAAUUGAGACCCUAAACACAUUGCUAUAAGCUAGAUGUCAGGUUA